AUGCCUGACAUCACCUUUACGAACAGGGAUUUUCACACCCCAGAGCCAGAACAGGAUGAUCCUAUGGUCAUUACAGCCCGAAUAGCACAGUAUGACGUGAGCAAAGUCCUGAUAGAACAGGGAAGUUCGAUCAACAUCUUAUACUGGACAACAUUCAAGAAGAUGGAGCUGACGAAGGAUGCGGUAACACCCUUUCACGAACAGAUCGUUGGAUUCGCAGGUGAACGUGUUGAUACCCGAGGAUACCUCGUCCUGAGGACCCGAUUGGGCACCGGUGACAAGGCUAGAGAAAUCCGUGUGCGCUUCCUGCUGGUAGAAGCAAACACUUCAUUUGGCGAUGAAGUUCCCGUUCGAAAGCGGCAGAAACGUCCUGAAGCUAUAUUGGUCGACCUAGACCCUCAGACCAACACAGACAAUCGGAUUCAACCCCAGGGAGAGAUUAAACCGUUCCUCCUGGGGAAGAAUGCUGAGCAAACUACUAACAUAGGGGCUGAUCUCACUCCCGUCGAAGAAAGCAACCUAACCACACUACUGAGGUCCAAUGGUGAGCUCUUUGCGUGGAACGCCUCAGAUAUGCCAGGGAACCAUCCCAGCGUUAUCACACACAAGUUAUCCAUAUUUCGAGAAGCUCGACCAAUAGCGCAGAAGAAAAGAAGGCUAGGCACCGAAAAAAGGGUGGUCGUACAGAAGGAAGUUGAGAAACUGGUCAAGGUCGGAUUCAUCCGGGAGAUAACCAUUGAUCGACUUGUGGACGGCGCCUCUGGACACACAGUCCUCAGCUUUCUAGACGCAUACUCCGGAUACAACCAGAUCCCGAUGUAUGCUCCAGACCAAAACAACACAGCCUUCAUAACUGAGCAAGCCAACUACUGCUACGAGGUAAUGUCGUUCGGUCUGAAAAAUGUAGGUGCAACUUAUCAACGCCUCAUGGAUAAAAUCUUCCACAAUCAAAUAGGGCAGUGCAUGGAGGUUUACGUAGAUGACAUGGUGGUGAGAAGCUGUUCCCACCAACAACAUUUGAAGGAUCUAGCCGAGGUCUUCCACCAACUCAAACAGUACAGUUUACGUCUAAAUCCGUGA